AUGGUUGAAGACGAAGAUAUCAUCAACGAAGACGGAGAACUUAUACAGAACGAAGCCAUGGAGGAGGAGGAAAUUGAAGAAGAGUCGGAAGAAGAAUCUACUGAUGAAGAAGAAGCAGCCAAAGUAGAUCUUCGAUAUUUUGUCAAAUAUGCCAUGCCUAUCAACUUCAGUCUUAAUCUGAAACGGAAGCGAGAGAAGAGAAUAGAAAGUGACGACGACGAUUUAGACGAUGAAGAUUUAGAACUCGUUGAAGAGAAUACAGGCAUGACAAUGAAUCGAAGCGAACGAAAGUUAAAGAGACUUAAGAAGCGUGGCAGAGACGAGCCAGCCCGACGUCAUGAUCAGAUGCGCGAUGGAAUUCCGCUUGACGAAACGGGAGAGCCUUUGAGUGCCGAGGACUUAGAGGCCAAGUCCACCUGGCAUGAACUCUUUGAUUAUAAGGCAGAUUAUCUAUGGGCUCUUCAGGAGGCGAGAAGAGAGCCCAUAACAAGGGAUAUUAAGGAUAUGAUCUCACCGAAUGAGCUCAAGAUCCGAAUGAUGACUGACGAAGAUGAACUUAUACGUAAAAUUGAUAUCCCGGAACGUAUGCAACUGCGUGAAGGAAUUGACGGCAAACGAAAGCUUACUCCAGAUGAAAUAGAAGAAGAGACUAGUUGGGUGUCUAAAUUCUUUGCAGAAAAGAAAGGCACUGAACCUGCUAAAGUACAGGAUACGGUUGGAUAUAUUGUCAAAGAUCUCAGUCAGGAGCUAGUUGAAAUUCCUUACAUAAUUGCACAACGACGUGAUCAUUUACUUCCGCAUUCGAGAGACCGUGAACUCACAACUGAAGACCUUUGGACAAUAUAUGAUUUAGACACAAAGUUUCAUGCACUAAUAGAAGCACGUGAGAGGCUAAGACAGUACAUAUCAAAGCUCGCAAAGCCUGAUGAAUAUGUAGAGGAAAUGAUACCUCAGGCGGAGCGCAUUGAAGAGCUUAACAAUUUGAGAGAAUAUUUGAGUCUUAAAUAUUGUAAUCAAAUAGUAAGGCCAGAUAAGAGAGGCCCAAGAAAGGCAGAUAAAUUCAAAUACUACGAAAGGUGUCGGAGCCGGGGUGUUCAAGGCUUUGUUAAGCAUUUUGGAAUAGAUAUGCGAGCAUUCGCCAAAAGCUUUCUUUACCGUAAUAAAAUGCAUUUCCCAAAUGAUGUCUCAAAAUAUCCAGAACAAGCGGCAGAAGAAUACAUUGCCAUGGCAUCUGCAGAUGAUAAUGGCCCUCGAUUAGGACGUACUACAGCCGCACAACUCAUGGAAGAUGCAAAAUUUAUGCUCGCAAGCGAACUCGCAUAUGAUCCUCAAAUAAAGAAAGCUUUCCGUCAGUUAUAUCAACAAAAUGGUGAAGUCAUUGUAUCGCCAACAGACAAAGGUCUUAACGAGAUUGUUAGCAAAAAGCAUCCAUGCUGGCCAUUUAAGUUCUUAAAGAAACCAGUUUCCGCAUUUGCCAAUAGUGGACAAUUCCUUCAGAUAUUGAACUCUGAAAAAGAUGGCUUGACAAAUGUUGUCAUAUGCCUUCGCAAUAAGCAAAAUCUAGUCGAAGAAAUGUAUCAAUAUAUGAAAAGCGAUAGUACCAGUCAAUAUGGAGUCCAAUGGGAUUCUCAUCGGUGUAAUAUAAUUGACAAGGCAGUUAGUGAUUGGCUGGAGAAAGAUAUGGAUAAAUGGCUUAGAGCUAAACUGAAGGCUGACGCCGAAGAUUACGUUCUCAGUGCAUGCCGAAGCAAAUUUGAGAAGAAAAUUAAUAUUGGGCCUUACGGAGGUCAUAAUCUCGAGCCAGACAUGCUCCCGCGUGUCAUUGCGCUCACAUGUGGAGACGAGGAAACACCUCAAGACAUCGAGAUUGUCUUUAUAGACGAACAUCGUCGAAUAUCAAUGCUUACGCUUAAUGAUAUCCGACCACCAAAUCCAAAAAAGGACAUCCAACUUCAAGAGAGAGCUUCUAGAGAUCGCAAAGCGUUUACUGACUUUUUGAGAAAGAAGCGACCUGAAGUUGCAGUGGUGGCAGGAUAUUCAUCACACACCAAGAGUUUAUUGACUCAGGUUAAUGCUCUUAUUGAAGAUUAUAAUAGGAGAUAUCGAGAGGACACUGAAGACGAAAUUGACGUUCUUGUCGUGAAUGAUGAAGUUGCGAGACUAUGUAAACGUGACUCUCAAGCGGAUAAACCUUGGAACAUAAAAUUCAGAGAAGAGAAAGACAAGCUUAAGCGAUACUGCGCGUCAAUUGCACGACUGGUACAGACACCUCUUCAUGAGUACACUGCGUUAGGCGAUGACACUACUCUUCUUGAUUUACAUCCGAUGCAGAGAUUGGUUCACCGUGAGAAGCUAAAGGAAGCACUCGAACGUGUUAUAAUUGAUGUAACAAAUUCUGUUGGUGUAAAUCUUUCACUUGCACUGGAUGAUCCAUACUUGGCGAAUGUAGUAAAGUAUGUCAGUGGUCUCGGGCCUCGCAAAGCAAAGGGCGUAUUGGAUAGUUUAGGUCGACUAAGGCGGGAAUUGGGGAUGGAUUCGCAGUUGUCAAGAGAAUUUCUCAAAAACGAAAAGAUUCUUAAGCCUAAAAUAUUCGAGAAUUGCGCAUCAUUUAUUCGUAUUGAUGGGACAGCCGAGCCACUGGAUACGACCCGUAUCCAUCCUCAAGAUUAUCCAAUAGCCCGUAAGAUGGUAUGCGAUGCGCUUGAUGCUGACGUAGAAGAUGUAAUGGAAUGUGAACCAGCAGCGACGUAUGUCCGGAGGAUAAUGGAGCGCGAACCUGACAAACUGAAUGAUUUGUCACUGGACGAAUAUGCAGAAGAAAUAGCCAAUAUCUACAGAUCUGUCAGAAGUUAUGGACUAUAUCUUAUAAAACAAGAAUUACAAGAGCCGUAUAAGGACAUGCGAGCUGAAUUCAAGAAACCCAGUCCUGAUGAGAUAUUUGAGUAUAUUUAUAGGGAGAACGACAAGACACUUUAUCCCGGAUGCUUUGUACCUGAUGUUCAGAUAGUUAGAGUUCAAGAAAAAAUAGUUAAUUGCAAGCUGGCCUCAGGACUUGAUGCUAUUAUUAAUGUAUAUAGAAUCACUGAUCAACCGUUAUCUGAUGCUAGAUUGGUUCUUCAGGAAGGUCAAACCGUUGACUGCAAAGUAGUAAGAGUUGAUAAAUACGAACUAGUAGUUGAAUUGACGUGUAAACCCAAUGAGGUAAUAGACAUUGAGGAGGAUAACUCGAUCGUGCCUGACCCAUACUAUGACAAAGCUGCAGAGACACUGGCUACACGGACGCAAAAAGUAGCUCGCCGGCCGCCACAGAAAACUCCUCAGAAACGUAUAUUACAUCACUCUUUAUUCAAGGAUAUGACUUGGAACGAGGCUGAGAAACAUCUAGAGGAUAAACGCAGAGGAGAAACUGUCCUUAGGCCUUCGUCAAAAGGGCCUAACGUUAUUGGCUGUACAUGGAAAGUUGCCCCAAACAUUUAUCAACAUCUUGAUGUAAUGGAAUUACCAAAGGGGCCUGAUGGUAAAGCAAAAGUAAAAGUCGGAGAGUACGAAUACAGCGAAAUCGAUGAAUUGCUAGUCCAUCAUAUUGACUCAUCUGCUCGCAAGUUGGGCUCGUUACUUAAUCACAGUAAAUUCAGAACGGAUAAAGCUGCCCUUGAAAACUAUCUUCUUAAACAAUUACAAUGGAGCCCACAGUUUGCUGCUUAUGGAUUUUGUCUUGAUCCAGUAAAGGCUGGUGGGUUCUUGAUUGGCAUUCGGAAUUCUUUGCGGACUGAAACUGUAUACUGGCACGGUGUUGUUGUUCCUGAAGGAUUCAGGCUCAAUCAGAUGAAUUAUGCAACCGUUAACGAUUUAAUUACUGGAUUCAAGAAAUUAGCAGGACAUUCACUUGCAUUUAAAGCCAACAGAAAUUAA